AUGAAGCCUAUGGGAGAGCUCCAAGAGCGAUGGCGAUAUCUCUACCAGGACUUUCUACCCGCCAUGGCAAAAGCGCGUGAUCCAGCGCAGCGGAAAUGGCCUGUACACCUUGACCAUUGUUUCGCGCGCAUCAUUCUGGACAACUCCAUUGGAAAGGACCGACCCUGGAAUCAGGUGGUAAAGUCUCCCGCGGUGAAGAACAUGACUGAUGUGCAGCUGGAGAGCGCCAUAGCCAUGGCGGAAAGACUUGCUUCUGGAGAGGCAGAUCUACAAGAAUUGGACCAGCGGAGUCUUGACCUCCGUGGAAAGACCAGGAACAAGAAGAGGAAAGCCGACGAUGACGCGUCGGUGACCGAAGGAUCGAAGAAAUAUAAGAAAGCAUCUCCGACGGUUUCGUCCUACUUUCUGCCUUCUCCUGCUUCUCCUCAGAAGACGUCAGGCAAGAACGAGAAACCUGACAGCCAAGACAAGCAUGAUAAACAAGACCCGAAUGUAUCAUCACAGCUAAAAAGAAUACAAGACUCCAGCAUCACGGCUUUCCGAAAGCAGACAUUGACAAUGCUCUGCCAGAUCCCACGAGGGCGGUAUUCGACCUACGGAGCCAUGUCCGACUGGAUAUCGAACAACUCUCACAAGACAUGUGCCAGAGCCGUUGGCAACGCGAUGAGGAACAACCCUUUCGCUCCCGAAGUCCCCUGUCACCGCGUCCUGGCCGGGGAUGGCACAUUGGGAGGUUUCAAGGGAUCGUGGGGAGAGGAAGGGAAAUACGCAAAGCACAAGCAUGAGCUCUUGCAUGAGGAGGGCGUGAGGUUUGACUCUCAAGGCAAGGUUAAAGGACCGCCCUUUCGGGCUUUCAUCUGA